CAAAGGACUUUGAGCUGCGCCAAGGCUACGAUGGUAGGAACAGAACUGUCGGCUCUGUCGUCUCAGGGAGUGGUCGGUGGAGGUUGUGUUUCCAGCUCAUGGGGAGAUUUUCAGCACACUCUUCAGUGCUUUUGUAGGGCUUGAGAAUAGACGUGCGUUAUAUUGACGAAGUUCAGGAUAUGUGAUGUCCUCGCUGAUGUAGGUAAAGGCAAAUAAAAAUUUUGGCCUCCGCAAAUAACAAAAAUUGCGUUUAUUUUGAAAUAAUUUCUCUUUUUCCGUUUUUUCGUGAGAAGAUAGUUGAAGACAAUGUGGCUGAGCGUGACACUGCGAGUGGUCUUUUCGCUGGGUUUCGUCUGCUCCUUGCCGAGCGUCAGUCUCGCCGCAGCGAAGCAGCGAUCCUCUCCCCCAGCCAGGUCCAGGAGCGGUCCAGCACCAACCAUCAUCUUCAACAGCGCCCGAAAUGUUAUUCAACUGCCAGCCUCUAGAAGCCCUUCACCCCCACUUAUGAAACACUUCAAUUCUGUUUCAAGGUUAAAUCCACGCAAUGCGCCUCUGAAGUCAGCCGCUGGUGGUCCAAUAGCUCAGAGAUUGCCGAGAGUUUCCGCUGAUGUUUCGAGAAUACCCGCAAGUUACUCAGUCAUUGGAGCUCCCUUAGUACAAACAAAUAUUCAGUCGUCAGUUAGUAGACAACAGCAUGGCGGCACAUUAAUGUCACGGCCACGUAAUGAGCUCAUGAAGACGAUACCUGGAGCAAUAACUCUGAGCUCAUUGCCUACAAUGACAACUCCACCUAAGCCUUCCAGAUCUUCAAAAAUGGUACUUCCCGACCAUCAAAACGUUGAAGUACCUGUUAAAUUACAUGCACAAGCAGCUGGGGCGACAACCAAGACAGACCAUCCAGUCGGAGUGCACAAAGUGGCUAUUGAACCCUCAGGAUCAGGAAGUCAAAAUAACAGCAUUCCGAUGCAGACCAUAGCUUUUGCGAACAGCGCUGUGCCAAGCUACGCGAAAAAAGCACAUUCGCCGGUCCUGCCCGCUGGAAGUGGCACUGCUCUACCCAAAUCCUUGCUGGGUGCUGCCGGAGCUGGUGGCGCCGUGAUCCCAAAUUAUUUCCUGAUGAAUCCUCCGAUGCAGAAACAAAGAAGUACCGAUAGUUUAACAGCUAUUCGAAACGUCGGCAAAAGCGGCGACGAAAAUAAAACGCAAAGUGAGGUUGGUGUGGAUGUUACAUUGAGAGACCUUCAUCAUGAGUGGAAGAGUGAAAUAUUGAAGCAAUAUUAUCACACCAUCAGCUCUGCAAAUGUUCCUUCUAUUAGGAAUAUGUCCGAUGCCCUGGACAAAAACAAAACAGAACCCCAAAAGGCAAGUAGCAAAAUUUUACUGAUGACUGCUAAUACGAUGAAUUCUUCGGACGGAGUUUCAUUGAAUAAAUUACGGAACGUACCAGUCUCCAAUGAUAACAAACUGGCUCUAGUUAGAGAUGUGGCAACCACUUUGAAUUCGAGUUCUAGAAAUUAUGAAAGGGUCUCUAGAAAUGCCUCUGCAUCAUUACCAGUAAAUGUAAUAGUAAGAAACGCAUCGAGCAAGGAUGGCGUUUCGCUCAUUAAUGGCAGUAAUACAAUGAAGUUGGAUCAGAGAGAAACAGUCGUGAAGACGUCGACAAACGAAAGAACAGCUGGGAUAACUGCUGUAACAACUCAAAGGGUAAUAUCAGCUGUAAUUCCUCCCUCUGUGGGUGUGAGUCUUGAAGAUCGUAAAAAUAGCAGUCGAUUAGACAAAACGAAAGAUGUUUACAUUCCAACUCGAAGUACCACCUCUGAUAAAAUGACUGAGUACCUAGGUGACGCAACUUCGCUACUCAACGUCCCUACUACAACUCCCGAAAAAUACCCAGAAACCACUGAGGCUCGCACUUUUAUCGAAACUUCUGAUGUUAUAAAACACGAUAAUCAUCUUCCAAUUAGUUCACCACCUAUCAAUACUAAUACGAGACAAACCCAAAAUACCAACGACUCAGAGGACACAACAGAAUACGAUAUGAAAUUCAAGCGUCCCAAAGAAGGUAUCACCGGUAGCAAAACCGAUGUACGAUUCAUGAAUGAAGGCUCUAUUUCAAAGGCAAUAAAUUCUGCGCCUCUGAACGUCAUUCCAUCACCACCGAGAAAGGAUCCAAAUCGUUUCCUUUAUAUAAAUAAUAGUGGAAUAGCGGCAGAAAAUAUUAGACUUAAACCGGAAGAAAGAACCGUCCUGGUCACAUUAGUUGACAAGCAAGGUAAGAAAAUAGUUGUUCCGGCAAUAUUCACUCCAACAGACACAAAGGCAGCUCCGAGCCAGGCCACUGGUCUGUCCGCUCUUCAAGUGAAUGCAGAUGCCAAAAUAUCCCUGCCAGCUACCCCGAAACCAAGUGUUCUCAACACUGCAGAAGAAAACAAAAUAAAGGACACUAAUAUUCUGAAACAUCAGGAACAUAAAAAACAUUUUGUGCAACACGAAUCCACUUCUUCGACUGCUAGGAGUACAACAUUACCCAUGACAGAAGCCACUAACUUGAUUGAUCUUAUUUGGAGAUCAGCGACUGAGGCCGUAACACCAAUGACCACAACAAGCAUUCCCACUACUGAAGGCACGAGAGUCACCAACUUGAUCGAUCUAAUAUUGCAAUCAGCUACUGAAUCACCUGUAACGACGACACAAAAAACGACUAAAGGUACCACAACCAGAACAACUAACCUAAUCGAUCUAAUAUGGCAAUCAGCUUCUGAAUCACCCGUAACGACGACACAAAAAACGACUAAAGGUACCACAACCAGAACAACUAACUUAAUCGAUCUAAUAUGGCAAUCAGCUACUGAAUCACCCAUGACGACCGUACCAACAACGACUACUGUAACCACAACUCGCGGAACCAACUUGAUUGACCUCAUCUGGCAGUCUGCGACAUCAGAGACGGGCAUUGAAUCAACCACUCCACAAAUGACACAAGUGGUGGCUACCGAAAGUACUCCUAACAAUACUCUCAUUCCAGUUUUGAAGGACAUCAUCAAUCAGAUAGAAGCGCGACUGAAUGAGCUUCAAGAAGGAAUUGCUAACGGAAACACGUCAUUGAUAGAAGAAGUUAAUUUACUGGCAGCUAAGAUGGUAGAAGAUUCUGACAAUCUCGCCAAGGUUUCAAUAGAUAGAAAGCCAGACAGAGAUUCAUACUUGGUGCGGAGCUCAGAUAGAAAUGGAAACAGGAGGCCUGGUGUGCGUGUUGCUGAUAUUGUUCGAGAUACAGCCAUCAGUCCAGUUCUAACAAGACUACGAGAUGAAGUGAGCAGAGGAGCAGAGAGGAUCAGAAAAGAAAUGUCGCAUUUUGCGGACGACACUGCAGAGACUCUGAUGAGAGGAGUUGAUGAUGCAAGUGAACGCGUGUCGAAGAUCACAGCCACGAGUUACAGAGGGGCUUUGCAAACACGAGACGCUUUUGUGGGGCUACUUGGCAAAGCUCUCGAGAACAUGGGAGUGUUCGUGAGCAAUGCUUUGCAAGACACAAUUGAAACAGCCUUUGGAACUGCUCGAUCAGUUGGUCAGUUCAUCGAAGGAUUGAAUGAGAAUCUGAUAGGUGGCAUUCUUAGGCAAGGAGAAUCUGUUCGCAACCUUUUCGCAAACACUAUUGAAGAAAUGGGCAAAGCCGGCGACAGAACGAUAGAAGUUGUCAACCGAGUAGUGGACAGGAAUAUUAAAACAAUUACAGAAGAUAUAUGAGGAAUUUAAAACCUAAUUUAGUGGAUAACUUAGCCAAUUCUUUAAUUAAAGUUAAAUGGAAUCAGAGUCCAUGCAGCUAAACAAUUAUUUUCUUAAUUUUUCAUGCAUAUAACUGUUGCGCAAACUAGAAAUAAAUUCAUGUUCUGCACAUUUCAUACGAAGGAAUAUGUACAUAUAAUUUUAUCAAUGUAGAAAGAGAUUCCACGAUUUUUGUAAGUUAAAGUACAGUUUGUACAAACUGCUCGCGCCUCGAAUGUAGACUGAUUCUAUCUAAUAUGAAUGAAGAACAUGAAUGGUUUUCUUGUUUACCAAACUGUUGGAACCAACAAUCUUUAAAAUCAUAAUUUUCGUAUAGUAAACAUUUUCUGAGUUAUUCUGCGAAAAUUUGUGGCUCUGGUAUCGAACAGACUAAGCUAAACAAGAGAAUAUCAUUUAGUUACAGCUGUAUAAAUGUACAUAUGACAUCACCUGCUUUUUAGUUAUUUCAAAAGACCUUCGAAGUACCGCGUUGCAUAUGUACACUACUGCGUGCUAUCUCAGGCCAGUAAAUAAAAAAUUCUUAGAUCCUCGUUUAAAAACCUCAUGAUACGAAAUUGUGAUUAAAAUAAAUAAUAUAAUAUCA